CCGGGCGCUAGGCGGCGGCGGGAGGAAGGGGACGAGGGGACAAGGGAGCGAGGCGCGGGGAGCGGCAUGGAGCCCACCGCCGACUCGCUGGCCACGGCGGCCGCCCGAGGCCGGGCCCGGGAGGUGCGGGCGCUGCUGCGGGCGGGGGCGCAGCCUAACGCGCCGAACCGCUACGGGCGCCGCCCGAUCCAGGUCAUGAUGAUGGGCAGCGCCCGUGUGGCGGAGCUGCUGCUGCUCCACGGCGCGGAGCCCAACUGCGCAGACCCCGCCACCCUCACCCGACCGGUGCACGACGCCGCGCGGGAGGGCUUCCUGGACACGCUGAUGGUGCUGCAUCGCGCCGGGGCGCGGCUGGACGUGCGCGACGCCUGGGGCCGCCUGCCCGUGGACCUGGCUGAGGAGCGGGGUCACCGCGACGUCUCCCUGUACCUGCGUGCGGCCGCGAGGGACACCGAAGGCGGCGACCGCGCCCAUGGAGACGCCGCAGAGGGCUCAGCAGUUGUUCGCAGACAGCGCCAACUGUAAGAGUCGGCGAUCCCCAGUCGUCGAAGUUUGAACACUUUGAAGCUGGAACACUUAGCCCUUCGCUGGUGGAAGUUUCAACCUGGCUGUUUACUCUCUUGGCGGUCCCCAGUUUCUUUCAAGCUUGCUUAGUUCCAGCCCACUUUUUAAUAGCAAAUUUCUUCUUUACAUGUAUCUGUUUUCCCUUUUCCGCAAAAAUCAAUUAUAAACUUCUGUUUAUAAAAAAAUACGUUGUUAUAAAAGUUAACAACAACCACCAGUUUCAGUGCCUU